AGUCCAUCAUCUUAUCUCAUCAUCAAUCAUCAUAUCACCAAUCUGAUCUAAUCUUUAAAUUUCAAGAUCAUGGCGAGCUCAAGACUAGCGAGAUUCAUAACGGAGGUUGCACCACCACAAUUCGUCACGGUGAUGCGGAGGAGGACGGCGAAGGUACUUGACACGAUCAAGGAGGAAGAAAGAGAAGUUGGCACUGCAGAUUCCAUAUUUUCUUCGAAGAUCAUCUCCUCACCCUUUGCUUCUCCUCCUUAUCCCUCCUCUGUUUCUUCAGCUUCUUCUUCUUCUUCUUCCAGUUCCGGUCUAAAAACGUUACCGGUUACAGAGAACCGGAGUUCUUUUCCGGUUUUCAAGAACUAAACCAAUUUUCAGAUGUAAAUUAAGUAUCUGUAUAUAUAUGCAUCAUGCAAAUGUUUGUUAUAAUGAUCCGAAGUGUGUGUGUGUGUGUGUGGAGUUUGAUGUCCCGGUGAGUUCCGGCGAUUUGGAUGAUCGGAGUUUUUUUCCCUAUCAAAGCCGGAUCAGCAUCGUGAAGACCGAGUCGGGUUGACCCGAUUCAUUAGUAUUGUUGUAAUCAAUAUAAUGUGGAAGGGACUCUGUUGGAUGUCGUUUUCAAUCUAUUGUUUUUUUCUAUUAUAAUGAAAUGAUCCCAAAAUAUCAAUAAUUUAGGAUAUUGAACAUCUUCA